UGGAUAGUACUGACUGAAAUUCAGUGGCCUGGGUUUGAAAAUUCCAGCUCAGUUCCUCAGUCCCAGAGGUAGCUAGCUAGGUGGGUGCAGGGAAUAGAGCACUGAGUCUGGUGUCAGAAGAUCUGAAUUCAAAUCCAGCCUCAGAUUAGCUGUGUGACUCUAAGCAAGACAUUUAGAUUCUGUUUCGUUCAGUUUUCUCAAUUACAAAAUGGGAUGAUAACAACUCCUACCUCAAAAGGAUUUUGAGGAUCAAAUGAGAUAUUUGUUAAGCACUUAGCACAGUGCCUGGUACAUGGUUUAGUUCCAUAUAAAUGUUUAUUGCCUUCCCAGUGGGAUCUUCCUGAGUCAACGUCUCUGAGUCUCAUCUCCCUCCUUUUUAAUAUCAGGACGUUAACUUAGUUGAUUUCUAAGUUUAUUCUAGAUAUAAACCUAUGAAAACCUAUAAAGUUUGGAGGCAGAAAGUUGUUCCGGCUGGGUUUGUAAAGCUCUAGCUGAAUUCAGAACGAUAUUCUACUAAUAAAAACGCGCUGUUUGUUUGUUUGUUUGUUUGUUUUGUUUUGUUUUGUUUUGUUUUGUUUUUUUUGGUUUUUUUCCUUAGAAAAAGAGAAGUUUUCUGGAAAUUUGACAGUUUUAUAUGUAAAUCCUCUUCCCUAAAACAAAAUCCGGAAAAUAAGCGCUCUCUUAUUAGCCGAAAUGUAAAGAGAAGGGGUUCUAUUUAAAAGAUGAGUUCGUAUGGGAGGGAGGCUGGAGAAGAUGUUUGUGAGGUCCUGGAGAAUCUUUUCCCCCUCCUGCCAACAUACCCUUUGCUUACCUGAAAUACGAUCGUCUGCAACCGCCAAAUACAUGGAUUGUGAAAGUGGGAAUAAGAAAGGAGCUUUUGGGGAAAUGAAACUGAAAGUUCGCAAGUUGUCUCUGAGGAGGGCGGAAGGAGGAGGGGGCGAGUUGGGUUAAAGGUCCAGGAAGGAGUUAGGACUCCUCCCUUGCCAGAGCCUUCUCUGCUCCCCAACUAUCAGUUCCUAAACUGAUUUUACAGCCCCGGUUCCUCUACUCACGAGUCCCGAAUCUGCCUUCAUGGCAACUGACUGGGCUGCCCACAGCCCACCGUACCGUGUUCUGGUCCGGGUGUCUAAGAGUUGUUCUAGACUGGAGAAGAAACUGCAAAAAUAUUUCCAGAGUCCGCGCAAGUCCGGGGGAGGCGAGUGCGUGGUCAAAGCCGGCCCCGAAGAAGGCACUUUCUGGGUAGAAUUUCUGGAAAAACAAGCAAGGCAACGAGUUUUGGAGAGAGAAAAUCAUGAGUUAGAAUUGCCAGGAGAAGAAAAGCUGAAGCUCACUGUCAGAUUGCCUACAGCAAAGGAUGAGGAUGAAGGCAAUGAAGAAAAAAUCUCAAGAGAAGAAUCUACAAUCAAAGACAGAGUGCAAGAACAAGGUGUAUCAGAAGACCAAUACACAAAGCUUUCACUGUACAGAACAUUGGAUGAGACAGAGGACACCUCCAAAGGCUCUGAAAAUUUUCCUUCUUUGGUUGCACUUAAAAAUCUCCAAGAUCAGGAGGAUGAAUAUUUCCUAGUUUUGUUGGUGGAGAACAUUAGUGGUCUAUCAAAAACUGAAGGAGAUUUUGAAGUAGAAGUCAUUCCAGAAGUAGAAGCUGCUGUGUUUACCUUUCUGAAACACAUAGACAUAAAGAAAUUUGUUAAUCGUUGUUCUCAAAACCAAGUAGUCCAAGAAAAAAAGAUUUUAGUAGAACCGCUGGAAGAGACAAGAACAAUCCUGGUGGAAAACUUGCCCCGCAAUGUUAAUGAAAUGUAUAUCAUUCUUUUCUUUGAAAACCCUAAUAAUGGAGGGGGACCAGUAACCAAAGUCCAGUCUUUCCCAAAGGACAAUUCAGCCCUGAUUCAGUUUUCUGAAUGCAAAGUGGUCAAAACUAUACUGACAAAGAAGCUUCUCUUCAACAACAGUCCUAUUUCGAUGUUCCCAUACUACUAUAGUUUGGGUACUGCUUUAUAUGGAAAGGCAAAGCGACAAGUGAAGCUGCCAGAGCCCUUAAAAAUGCCAAUGGAGCCUUAUCUAUUGAAAUUCUUACAGAAAGAUGAUCAAAUAAUUGAAAAGAUAAUUAGCACCAUGGAAAGCUACCAUUGUGUUUUGAUGUGGCCAAGGACUGAUUGUAAAGAACCAGAAAUUAUACUCAGUCCUUCAGCCACUUUAGUCAACAACAAAACAAAGAGUAACAUAAUCAAGAUGUGGAGUGAGGAUGUUUCCUUGAGAUUCUCUUCCCUCAUGUCUGAAUACCAGGUCAGGAAAUGUAAGGUGAACCCAUUGAUAUGGGAAGCCAUUAGAAACAGCAUAGAAAAUGAGAGCAUUUUGACUGAGUUUGAUAAGCUUCAGGAGACAGUGAUCAUAGCAGGGAGAGUGGAGGAUGUGCAAAGAACUGAAUCACAAAUACGAAUUCUGAUAGAAAGAGAAAAACAAAGUAUAAGAGAGAACUUGAUUGUGUGUCCUGGAAGGUUUUCUAUUUUAUGCAAGAGUGGAUUAAAAGAGACUCUCCAUAAGGAAUAUCCAGAGCUGGAAUAUACAUACAAUGCCCCCACAAAGAGCAUUUGUCUGAGGGGAUUGGCUGCAGAUGUGUACAAAGCAAAGAGUGAAAUUCUGGAGAAGUUACAGAGUUUAGCUCAGAAAUCUCUUCAUCUUCCUCCUCAGAUCAUUCAGUUUCUGCAGCAGGUGAAUUGUGAGAUAUUCUCUGAAUCUCUUUUUGGAGCUGAGAAAAUUCCUGUUGUUUAUGAUUUGGAGGGUGAAGCAGUUGUGCUAAUUGGUUCCUCUCCUCAAAUUCUUUGUGAAGCUGAAAAACAUGUAAAGAAAGCCUUAAACUUUAAAUGCAUCAACUUGGCAGACAGUAGAAUUCUUGGUGAUCCUCAGUGGAAAACACUCAUUGAUGGUUUAAAGAAGAAAUACAACCGCUCCUCAAAGACUGUAAUAAUAGAAGAGCAAAAUUCAGAUGCUGGAGUGAAGACAAUGAUUGCUGGUUGUGUUAGUCCAGUAGAUGAAAGCUACCAAGAACUUUAUGAAUUUAUAGAAAAAAACACAAAGAUAGAGGAGUUAGUUGCCGUGAAAUCUCUAGGGGUUAUUCAGUAUAUGAAAGAUGAAAAUAAGCAAAUCUGGGAAAAAUUAAAGGAAAAAAGUGUAAAAGUCAAUUUUAAAACUCAGGCUACCCAAAAAGGCAUUUUGCUGAGUGGUCCAAAAGGAGAAGUGAUGAGAGGAGUGGCCAUAGUUAAACAAACACUAGAUUCAAUACAUGUUAAAAAUUUUACCAUUGAUAAACCAGGGGCCAAGUCCUUAUUCAAAAGCAAAGAAGAAUAUUAUACAAGGGAAGCCAAACUGAAGUAUAAUUGUUACAUUUGGCUACAAGAAGAUGGAGAAGAAAACAAUGGGGGUAAUAUUAAUGGGCAGAAGAUCUACUGCCAGAUAACCUUAAAAUCUGGCAUCUUGUUGACUGUUCAGAAAGGUGACUUAACCAAGUUCUCAGCAGAUGUGGUGGUGAAUGCAGCAAAUGAGACCCUAAAACAUCAUGGAGGCUUAGCAGCUGCACUCUCUAAAGCAGCAGGCCCAGAGCUACAGAGGGACUGUGAUAGGAUAAUUCAGAAACAGGGUAGGGUCCCUCCUGGAUGUGCUGUUGUCUCAGCUGCUGGACAGCUCCCAUAUCAGCAAGUGAUUCAUGCUGUUGGUCCCAGGUGGAGACAAGAACAUGCUCACAGGUGUGUGCAGUUACUAAAAAAUGCUAUCACAGAGAUUCUUUAUCUGGCUGGAGAAUUUGGACACACUUCAAUAGCUAUCCCAGCUCUUAGUUCUGGGGUCUUUGGCUUCCCCUUAAAAGAGUGUGCAGAAUCCAUCAUUCUGUCCAUCAAGGAAAACUUCCAGUAUUCCCAAAAACAUAGCUUGAAAGAGAUUCAUCUUGUUGAUUCCUCUGAGGAGACAGUUCAGGCUCUUUCCAAAGCUAUGCAGACCAUCUUUAAAGAUGUAUUACCUAGUAAUAAUUCACUGUCCUCUGCAACAUUAGAAAACCAGAAAACCACCAUGAAAAAAAGUAUUGAACAUAGAAAUAUGUUACAUUCCAUCCAAACCAGUGAACAUCUGACAAUUGUUUUGAUGAAAGGAGAUGUUCAGGAUGCUGAGACAGAUGUUAUUGUAAAUUCCAUCCCUUUGGAUCUUCAUCUUAACAGUGGACAACUUUCUGGGGCCUUAUUGAAGAAAGCUGGCCCAGAACUUCAGGAAGAAAUAAAUGCAUUGGGGAAAAAGGCAGUGAAAACAGGCUCUAUUCUCCUGACAAGAGGCUACAAUCUGGACUGCAUGUUUGUGCUCCAUGUGGUGGCUCCUAACUGGGAUAAUGGAGCAGGAAAAUCACAAAAGAUCAUGAAAAACAUUAUCAGAGAAUGCCUAGAAACCGCUGCCUCUCUAUCUUUAACAUCAAUCACUUUUCCGGCAAUUGGAACAGGAAAUUUGAGAUUUCCAAAAGAUGUUUUUGCAAAAUUAAUCAUGUCUCAAGUGUUCGAAUUCAGUAGAUCAGGACUUUUGAAGACUCUAAAAGAAGUGUGCUUUCUGCUGCAUCCCAGUGAUACUGACAACAUUCAGGCAUUCAAAAAAGUAUUCACUAAAUAUUCUGAUGGAAAUACUACCAGUGAAAGAGUUUCCAACACCAGUGAUACACAAGAUGAUUUUGACACUAUUUCUAGCCCUGAAUUGGGUGUAUAUGAAAGCAAGAUUGGAUCCAUUAUCUUUCAAGUUGCUUCUGGGGACAUCACGAAGGAAGAGUCUGAAGUUAUUGUAAAUUCAACAGACAGCACAUUUACCCUCAAAAAGGGGGUUUCCAAAGCCAUUUUAGAAGCUGCUGGACCAGCUGUAGAAUCAGAGUGCACUACAUUAGGUGUGAAUUGUCAAGGAAAUUUUAUAGUAACACAAGGUGGAAAUCUAAUGUGCAAAAAAAUAAUUCAUGUUAUUGGAGGAAAUGAUGUGAAACAAACUGUCUCUGAAGUCCUACAGGAAUGUGAAAAAAUGAACUAUGUGUCUGUUUCUCUUCCAGCCAUUGGAACAGGACAAGCCAAAAAAAACCCUACCAAUGUUGCUGAAUCAAUAAUGGAUGCCAUUGAAGAUUUUGCACAUAAAGGGUCUGGCCAAUCACUGGAAAAAAUAAAAGUGGUCAUCUUCUUGCCGGAGCUCCUGAAAGUGUUUCAUGAUGUUAUGAAAAAAAGAAUGACAUCUAAAUUAUCAAGCUCAAACCCUGUGAUCUCAAUGAUAAAAUCACUUUUCGGUUUUGCAAGCCAACCUCCUCCAAAACAAGAUCAUUUGGUUUUGGAAAAAAUAAAAAAAUCGUCAACUUUCCAGGUGUGUGGUGAAAGCAAGAAGAAUGUUGAAAGCACUAUCUCUUGGAUACAAGAUUUGAUUUUAAAGGAAUUCCUAAGUGACUCUUUCUCUGAUGAGUACAUUCAAAAGUUUGGUGAAAAAGAGUACAAUGAACUGAAUGAAUUACAAAAAAAGUUAAAUAUAAUCAUUGAGGUGAAACGUGAAGAGUCAGAAAUUAAGGUCACUGGAACUGCCCAAGAUGUGAUCAAGGCUUCCAGGGCAAUUGAGGGCAUGAUCAAGAGAAGACAUUUACAUGUAGAUGAGGAGUUGAAGGCUGAAGAACUCAGUAAGACCACCACAUGGCAGUAUAUUGACAAUGGUGUUUCCAAGUCUUUUGACAAAAUAACUAAUCUGCAUUUAGAGAAUGCAAGAAAAGAAAAGAAAAAGAAAAUUGAUAUUAAAAUUAACAAUGAAAACUACACAGUAGAUUUUGCCACAAACUCUGCUACAAAUGGAAAGGGUAAAGAAUUGAGUGUUCAGUGCGUCAAAAAACGUGAAGUUGAGAUCCCUAAUUACUGGGAUGACAUGAAAGACCAGAACCUUCUGUUGGUGGAUUUACCUCCAGAUCAUCAAGAAUACAAGCAAGUAAAAGACAAGUUUUGUCAGACCUGUCCCACACAUACAAUAGAGAAGAUUCAGAGAAUACAAAACAAAUGCCUUUGGAAUUUGUAUCAGGCAAGGAAAAUAUCAAUGGAUGAGCAGAACAAAAAGACAAACAAUGAAAGAUUCCUCUUCCAUGGGACAGAUGCUAACUCAGUACCCGGGGUCAAUAACCAAGGCUUUAAUCGCAGUUAUGCUGGGAAAAAUGCUAUAGCAUGGGGGAAAGGAACUUAUUUUGCUGUCAAUGCCUCCUAUUCAGCUAGUAAUACAUAUGCCAGACCAGAUAUAAAUGGAAAGAAGCAUGUAUAUUAUGUGCGAGUACUUACUGGUGAUUACAUUAUUGGAAAUUCAUCAUUAAUUGUUCCUCCAUCAAAGGGACCUCAAGCUGCUGAUGUUCUAUAUGACAGUGUCACUGAUAAUAUGCAAAAUCCAAGCUUAUUUGUCAUAUUUUUUGAUAAUCAGUCUUAUCCAGAAUACCUUAUUACUUUCAAAUAACAUUUUGGUUUCAUAUCCAAGAGACAUUAUUUGUUUUAGCAUUCAGUGCAUUUUGUAAGGUUACAAUGUUCAUUCUUGUUGCUGAAAUUAAUAGUUUUGCAUUAAUGCCUGUGUGACUUUUAACAUGUUCUUCUUAUGGUCAUUGAGAAAUUGAUAAAUUGUCGAUAAAAAAUGGCAGUGUUCAGAUGAAGAUCAAAGAUACCUCUAGUUAUAUGAAAAAAUGCUCAAAAUCACUAUUGAUUGGAGAAAUACAAACUAAAACAACUCUAAAGUACUACCUCAUCUCUCUCAGAUUGGAUAAUAUUACAGAAAAAUAAAUUGAUAAAUGUUUAAAGGGAUGUGGGAAAAUGAGACAGUAAUGCACUCUUGGUGGAGUUAUGACCUUAUCUAACCAUUCUGGAGAACAGUUGUUAAGGGUCCCAGCCCUAAUUCCCGAGUGGACCAGGCCUUACGUGACCAGCACUGCCUGUCCACUUGAAUGGCAAAAAAUGUGAGCAAUGAGGGACAAGAGCCAGGAUGGUGUGAGACUCCAUUUAUUACAUUAUUGCAGGUCCUUUUAUCAUCUUGGUGCUUGUUUCUAGUUAAUACAUCAUACAUAAUCACAUCCUAGCCUAUAGUAGAUACAUGAUUCUCUACAGGAAGCUACACAUAGAUUUGUUGUGUACAUUCCUUUCCUAAUAAGGAUAUUCAAGGUCCUCCCUUCUAAGAUCCAGCAAGCCUCUCCUGGAAACUGCCACGUUUCUCCUUUGGGUGGGGCCCCCUUCCUCCCAGAGCCAUCUUGUUCACACUUACAGAUUACCUCAGAUUACCUGAGCUGUGCCCUGUGUGAUGCCCAAGGUUGGCAGACUUUCUUGCAAACAAUUUGGAACUAUGCCCAAAGGGCAAUCAAAAUGUGCAUGCCCUUUGCUCCAACAAUACUACUACUAAGUUUGUAUCCCAAAAGGAUUUUUUUAAAGGGAGAAAGUACUUAUUUGCACAAAAAUCUAGCAGUUCUUUAUGUGGUGGCAAAGAAUUGGACAUUUAGGGAUGUCCAUCAAUUGGGGAAUGUCUAAACAAAUUGUGGAAUAUGAAUGUAACAGAAUACAAUUGUGAUAUAAGAAUUAGUGAUUUCAGAAAAAUCUCAAAAGACUUACAUGAACUCAUGCAACGUGAGAUGAGCAGCAUCAGGAGACUAUUGUAUGCAGUAAAAAUGAUGUUGGAUGAUGAACAUCUGUGAAGGACUUAGCAAUGCAACGAUUCAAGACAAUUCUAAAGGACUCAUGAUGAAAGAGAAAGAAUCAGUGGAGUUCAAAUGUAAAUUGAAACAUACUAUUUUAAUUUUAUUUUUUUAUGGUUUUUUUCUUUUGAUUUGUUUCUUCUUUCACAAUAUGACUGAUACGAAAAUAUGUUUUACAUGAUUGCACAUAUAUAACAAAUCAAAUUGCUUACCAUCUUAGGGUGGUGGGAGAUAAGGUUAGGAGGGACAAAAUUUGUGAUUCAAAAUUUUUUUAAUUGAAUGUUAAAAAUUGUAUUUAUGUCUAAUUGAAAAAAUAAAUAUAUACAUAUGUGUCUGUGUGUACAUA